AAGAUUCAGAGAGAUUGAGAAAGAUCGAGAGAGACUCCAAUGGCGCCAUCAAAGCAGAAGCAAAAUCACCAUACAAUCUCAUCCAAUGAAACCUCCGAUUGGAGAAAAGAAGCAAUCAACGGCGGUUCUCUCAAACACGUCGACCUCGAAACUGGAUCCAACGGUUGGGCAUCACCACCAGGAGAUCUAUUCAAUCUCCGUGGAAAAGAUUACCUCACAAAGAAACAGAAAUUUCCAUCAGGUGAUUGGUUACUUAAACCAACCGGCGUUGACUGGCUCAAAUCAUCUUCAAAACUCGAUAACAUCCUCAAUCGACCUGAUAAUCGAGUAAUGUCUUGUCUCAAAACAGCACAAUCAAAAGGUUUUGUUAACUCUAAAACAUUUCUCUUCGCUAUUAAUCUUCAAGUCCCUGGUCGCGAACAUCACAGUGCGGUUUUUUACUUCUCAACUGACGAUCCUAUCCCUAAUGGUUCUCUAUUACAUCGAUUUGUUAAUGGAGAUGAUACGUUUAGGAAUCAACGGUUGAAAUUGGUGAAUAGGAUAGUGAAAGGACCUUGGAUUGUGAAGACUGCAGUUGGAAAUUAUGCUGCUUGUUUAUUGGGUAAAGCUCUUACUUGUAAUUAUUAUAGGGGUGAGAAUUAUUUGGAAGUUGAUGUUGAUCUUGGUAGUUCGGCUAUUGCUUCUGCUAUUUUACAUCUUGCUUUGGGAUAUGUUACUGCUGUUAGGAUAGAUAUGGGGUUUGUUAUUGAAGGACAGUGUGAAGAUGAAUUGCCGGAGAGAUUGUUGGGUGCUGUUAGGGUUUGUCAAAUGGAGAUGUCUUCGGCUGUUUAUGUUGAAAGUGGGAAUUGUAAGAAGAUUGGAACUUGUUCAAAACCGAGUAGAGUUCAAGAUGAGGAAGAAGAAGAAGAUGACUGAUUUGAUUGAUUAGUCAAGGUAUGAAAUUAAGAAUAGUUGUUAUCAUUGUUUUUCAAUCUUCUCUUCUUCUUCUUUUUAACUGAUUCUGAUGCAAAUGCAAAUGCAAAUAAAUGUAAUGUGAUUAUAGAUA